ACCGUACUCGCGCGAGCGCGAGUGGCGUCAAAAUAUAGUUUUUAUUUUAUUUUUACGAGUGACUGCGGAAAAUUGUGAAACUAGUUUUUAAUCGAAUUUUUGACACUGAUCGUGAAUUUCGUGAUGUACUGACUGCAAUCGGAUGUUGUAAGGUGUUGAUGAUAUUCGACAAGACUUUGUAGCCUGGGAGUCAUAACAGAUCUGGCAAGAUGCUGCAGCAGAUUCUCAGGGACAUGUGGGUCGACCCGGAAAUCCUGGCAGAGCUCGACGAGACCCAGAAACAGACGCUUUUCUGCAAGAUGCGAGAGGAGCAGGUCCGACGUUGGCAAUCGUGGGAUCAAAAAGUGGUGAAAGAACAAACUGAGAGACCGAAACUGCUGAAGAACAGCAGGAAGCAGGUGCAGUUUAUGAAAGGAGAGGAUGGGGAGCCCUGGGUUUGGGUGAUGGGGGAACACAAAGACGAUAAAUCCAUUGAGAGUAUCUUGGCGGAAGAAGCUAAGCAACGUGCGCUGGCGCAGGCUCGACAGGAAGCCCACCAGCUGCGCAAAUCAGUUGAAAAGGAGCUCACGCAAUUGAUUGAUUAUAAGCCGCUGGAUAGCUUGGAACAGAAAUUCGACCUAUCCCCAAAGAGCAUUGAAUCGCUAGAAAAUAAUAUCGAGAUCUACUGCACCGUGGAUGAACUGCGUCAGCGCAUCGAGGCGCUCGAGCCCGAAGUGACCGACAAACAGAACAAGGACACAGACUACUGUACUGAGAACAUGAAGCUGGAUUUGAAUAAGAAUAAGCUGCACUUUAAUUUUAUUGAAGGGAAGAGAGAUGUUUUGCAGGACUUAGGUAUCCCAAACAACGGCGACGGUGUUAGCCACCGGGUGGCGGCUUGGGAGCGUCGUGUGGCUGCAGCACGUGCAGGCGACAUCCUGCGAGGGUUAAAGGCCAGAAGAGCGAGGACUUUACGGGACGCACAGCAGCAUGCGCAAGAAGAUGAGGCUGCUUGGAGAGAGCAGGAGCGUAAAGCGAAGGAAGCUGAAGCGGCGAUGCGCGAGAUCGCGCGAGCUGCGCGUGAGGCGCAUCGUCGCAACGCCGACCUCGAUUCUGCGCCUGCGCCGCCUGCACCGGAAGCUGGCAAACCGCCAAGCAGAGAGGCGGUGGUGGAGUGGUUCCGCAACCAGGAGUUGAAACGCGGCGUUGGUUUUGACGAGAACAACAAACCAGUUGAUUGGUUUCAUGGUCUGAUCACCAGAUCAGAAGCCGAACAAAUACUGCAAUCAAAGCCUGAAGGCAGCUUCCUGGUGCGUCUAUCAGAGCGUGUAUGGGGCUACGCAGUCUCCUACCGCUGCGCUGGUCAUUGCAAGCACUACCUGGUCGAGGCGACGGCCGGAUACCGUUUGCUUCCAGGAACUGGCAUGGACUCUCAUAACACUCUAGCUGAUCUCAUAAACUAUCAUAAGACGGUGCCAAUAACAGAAACCGGGGAGAUUCUCAGGACGGCGUGUCCGCCUGCGCGCACGCCAGUCGUAUAGAUAAUAUCGGGCUUUAUUAUUUGUGACUGAACACUAAAUUUACUAUUAUUGUUAACCGAUAGGGACCAUAGAUCAGUAAUAUACUGUUUUAGUCACUAAGCUGAAAUCGUUUAGUUACUUUUAAUGUAAAGUUCUGAAUACGCAUUUGCUAUUUUUCUACUUUAUUUUACUUGUUAAGGUGUAGAGUCACAUGAGCUGCAUUCACGCUACAUUGCAACUUUAAAAACGCCACUCGUGUGAAUGUUCACUUAGUUUCUAUUAGGUAGACUUGUAUAUAUAAUAAUUACAUGUAAAUGUAAAUAAAAACGAAGGUGCUAUAAAAUAUUAUAACAGCACACAGAGAAGUUCUUUCUUGAAUCUUAAAUCUUUUGGCUAUACGUGACUUAAAUCGAUCGAUUUAAAAAAAUAUUAAAAGCGAUUAAAUCUCGAUUUUUUUUUAUUAAAUAAGUAUUAAAAAAUGAUGAUGAAAUUGAAAAUGGCGACUGACAAAAUACAUUACACAACAAAAUAAAAGAAUCGUUUCUAUCCGAAUCGGCAAGUAUUUGUUAUUUUUUUAAAUCUGUGUGUUGUCAGUUAACCAAAAACUACUUUCCGAAAUAAGAUACGUUUUUAAUUAAAGAUGCUAUAUUGCAAAUUCGUUCAAUAAAAUAAUUACAGGCAUUCAGAAAUCAGUAGUUAAAAAAAGACUGCAAUACUCGUCUAUGAUAUCACAAUGUUAAUCGCGCCAAACAAUAUAUGAUUUGAAAAAAGUGUGUGGUAAAAAUGGACGGAGCAUUUCCCCACUGUUUACUCUAUAACUAUGGCGUUAGUGAAUCAUCACACUUUACGCGGAAUUACAUUAAGCCCGGCUGAAAAAGUUUUAGAAGGAAAGAAAAAGUAUUUGUAUGUUUCGAGUGUGUGGUCGUCAACGUGCAACAACUUUUUCCUGUUAUUCUCGGACUAGUGUUCACAACCUAAUUUACCCGUGGCAAUUGUUAUUAUUUAA